AUGUUGACGAAGCUGCUAAAAAUUUGCUGCAACUCGAGGCAAUGCAUAUUUGCGAAGCCAUUCGAGGCCAUGCCAGGGCCACGAGGUCCCUUUGGAUUGGGCAAUCUCUACAAUUAUAUGCCCGGCAUAGGCUCGUAUUCGUGGCUGCAGCUGCACAAGGCCGGGCAGGAUAAGUACGAGAAGUACGGUUCGAUUGUGAGAGAGACUAUGUUGCCGGGUCAGGAUAUUGUCUGGCUGUACGAUCCCAAGGACAUUGCCACACUGCUCAACGAACGUGACUGUCCGCAGCGACGCAGUCACCUGGCACUUGCCCAGUAUCGCAAACAGCGUCCACAUCUCUACAAGACGACGGGACUGCUGCCAACAAAUGGACCCGAUUGGUGGCGUCUUCGAUCCCAGGUGCAAAAGGAGCUCAGUGCGCCAAAAAGUGUGCGCAGUUUUGUCACCGAGGUGGAUGACGUGACACGGGAAUUUCUGAAAUUCCUAAAGCAGUCAGAGGGUAUCGGUGCUACUAUUGAUAUGUUGCCCAAGCUAACCAGACUUAAUUUGGAAUUAACCUGUCUGCUGACCUUUGGAGCGCGUAUUGAAUCCUUUUCGCCUGAGGAACAGCAUCCUCACUCCCGUUCCACACGUCUCAUGCAUGCCGCCGAAACCACCAACAGCUGCAUUCUACCCACGGAUCAAGGUCUGCAACUCUGGCGCUUUGUGGAGACUCCCAGCUAUCGCAAGUUGCGGCACGCUCAAUCCUACAUGGAAAGUGUUGCCCUGCAGCUGUUGGAGCAAAAUCUGGAGUCAGGCUCAUCAAGAUCAUCACUGAUCACUGCCUACAUACAAAAUCCCCAACUGGAUCGCUUUGAUGUGGUGGGCACAUCGGCAGAUUUGCUUUUAGCUGGCAUUGAUACCACUUCCUAUGCCUCGGCCUUUCUGCUCUACCAUGUUGCACGGCAUCCGGAAGUGCAGCAGCGCAUCUACGAGGAGGCACUCAAGGUGCUGCCCAAUCCCGAGCAAUCCCUUAGUGCUGAUGCUCUGCGCACGGACAUUACUUACACCAGGGCCGUGCUGAAGGAGUCACUGCGUCUAAAUCCCAUUUCCAUUGGUUUUGGAAGGGUGCUAAACCAGGAUACGGUGCUGAGUGGCUACUUUGUGCCCAAGGGAACCACUGUGGUUACCCAGAACAUGGUAGCCUGUCGCCUUCCUCAGCACUUUCCCGAUCCUCUGCGUUUUCUACCCGAUCGUUGGCUCAAGCAACGCAAUGCCUUGAAUCCCUACCUGGUACUGCCUUUUGGACAUGGCAUGCGUGCCUGCAUAGCUCGUCGUCUCGCCGAACAGAACAUGCACGUCUUGCUGCUGAGGCUGCUGCGUAACUACGAGCUCAUCUGGCGAGGUCAAACGGAUGACGAGUUGGACAUCGUUACGCUGUUGAUCAACAAGCCCAAUGCUCCCGUUUUGAUCGAGUUGCGAUCGCGUCCCAUUUGAUUUGCAAGUCAAAACUGAAACACAGAUGAUGACUACACUUUUAGUUCAAUGUUUAUUUGCGUUAAAAAAUGAAUUUAAAUAAAUUUUAUAUAUAUUAUAUACAUGUACAUAUAUAUAGAUAUAUAUUUAU